AUGGUCUGCAAGAAAUGCGAAACUAAAACAUCCAAGCUCGCUGCCCCUGAUCCUUUCAAGUCGACCUCGCAAGCCAUCAAAGAGGGCUCGCGCAAGGUUGGGGAGAACAAGCUCUUGACACGGCCAGGAAGCUCCAGGAACAGGUUCCAGCCCUAUCAAGGUAAAUGCAAGGACUGUAAAUCCACCGUAACGCAGAAUAAAGCCAAGUAUUGCCACGGUUGCGCAUAUAAGCGAGGUGUAUGCGCAAUAUGUGGCAAGCAAGUGCUCGACACGACCGGCUACGCCAUGUCGUCCAAGUAG